AUGGAAGAUGACCAGGGAUAUUUGGGCUUUGAAGAGGUGCAGGACCUUCUCUGCCUCAAAGCGCCUAGCAUGCUCUUCCUCUGGGAUAUCUUCAGUCAGCAGAAUGAGCUCUGCAGCAUCAACGAGCUCCUUACGGUGGCGUGUGUCUUCAGUUCGGCACUCCUGGACGAGAAGGCACGCUUCCUACAUGCCGUUUUCGAUGCCUCUGGGCGAGGUCUAGGCACCGGAUCCGAGAUCGCUUCGAUCUGCCUGAUGGUGCUGACAGUGCUUGGCAAAGUUACAGGCGCUGUGGCGAAAGCGAAGGAGGUGACACCGCAGCUCAUGGUUGAGCUAGAGAAACUUGUCCCGCCCUACGCCGAGGCUGUCCAAAUAUACGGAAGCAAGGAAGCCUUCCAGCGAGAACGCGUUAUCGGACAGCUGGAGCUUGACCGGAUACUGACACCGUCUAUCCGGGAUGCCUACGAGACGUUGCCGUUGACAACAGAGCCCGUGACAGACACAGAGCCUCCGCCCCCUCCAGGCUGGGCGAGCACCCAGAAGUCUCUGACGCGAUCCGCAACAACGGAGGAUGUGCAAUCAGUCCGCCGCGACAGAGAUCAGAAGGAGCCAAAGGACUUCUUGCCUCCCGGUGCCAACCCUGCAGAGAAACACUUGGCAUGGACGCGCCGGUUGGAAGAGACUGACAACUUCGUGGUGGAUGAUGAUGCAUAUGGUGAUCUGGACGCCACAGUGCAUCGGUGGCUGAUAAUGCAAGACCACGAGUUCUCGUCCAUUGCAAAGGAUUUGCCGGGGUUUCGGCAUUCCUUCUGCAAAAGCGUGUGUUCCUCGUUGGGGUUGCCAGCACAUGGCAACUGCGUGGAGGUCGUGAAUGUCACAAAUGGCAGUGCGACUGCGAUCAUCGCGGAGUUCCUAAUGCGGCCCCGCUCUCACACAGACUCGCGAAGUGGCUUAGAACUUGCUCAGCUCCUGGAGAAGCAGAUCACUUCACCUUAUAGUGCAUUGCGACGGGGCCCGAUCGGCAAAUACCUGGGCAACGCCUUCCUGUUGUCAGCAGCGCCCCAGACGGUGUGCGACAGCGAGCUCUUGGGUCCGGAAGAGUCCCCAGGCGCAGUUUGGCCUGUGCAGCUGCAGACGUCCUUUGAUGUGCACCUACUUCGGAGUGUUUCGCGCUCAAGAGGCACAUUAGGAAGACACCGCUAUGUCGCGCAGACUGCAUGCUGCGGAUAG